GGCAAGUAAAAUGACAAGCCAAACACCUCGCACUGUUUUGAAUUGUUAAUCAGUAAAUUAAUAUUCUGCACAAGCGUUUAACAAUUAAAAGCAGCGUACAGCUCAAUACGCCGUAGUAGCGCCACAGUCGAUAAAAGUACGCCGAGUGCGUUGGCUCAAUAAAAUGUUUGCUUGGAUCUAUAGCUUUCUAGCAUUUGUGGGUGGUUAUGCGCUGUUGUGUUAUCUCUACGAGCAGCUGAGAACACCCUGGAUAUUGCUGAGAGAAAGUGGUGACCAUGCGCCAAGCCUAAGGCAUCGUUUUGGCUCCUGGGCGGCCAUAACAGGCAGCAGCGAUGGCAUUGGCAAGGCUUAUGCCAAGGAGCUGGCACGUCAGGGCAUCAAUGUGGUGCUGAUAGCUAGAAAUGAGCAGAAGCUGCAAGCAGUGGCAGCAGAAAUAGCUGAGGAGUGCAAUGUGCAGACCAAAAUAAUUGUAGCUGACUUUACGCAAGGUGUGCAGAUCUAUAAGCAUAUUGAAGAGGAGCUCAAGGAUCUGCCCUUAGCUAUACUUGUCAACAAUGUGGGCAUGGGCAUGCCUGGCAAUCUAAUCAAAUACAGCAGCGAGCAAGUGCAGCAACUGCUCGAGACCAAUGUGCUGGCUGUUUCGCAUCUUUCACAUUAUUUUCUGCAACAUUUACGCGCUAGCAAAAUCAAAGGCGCGCUAGUCAAUGUUAGCUCUGGCACUGAGCUACAGCCUGUGCCCUAUGCUGCGCUUUAUGCUGCCUCUAAAGCCUUUACGCGCAGCUUUACCUUGGCGCUGCAGUGGGAGGCAGCACGUCAUGGAAUUCUGGUGCAAUUGCUGUCGCCCAACUUUGUCGUUACCAAAAUCAACAAUUACUCCAAGCGCGUUAUGCAAGGUGGACUCUUCAUACCCACACCUGAGCAAUAUGCGCGCUCUGCCGUGGCGCAGCUACGCGCUGCUGUGGAUGCAACUCCGGGAUACUUUUGGCAUCACAUUCAAAAUGCAGCAAUGACUGCAUUUCCCUGGCGUUUGCGCUUAACUUUAGCUCAGCUGUUCUUUAGCAAACUAACUGAUAAGCAGCAUAAUUAAAUUUUUAAAUAUAUA